UCCCUGAGAGGCGUGCAGGUUAGGAAGGGAGGGUCAGAGGUCGCCCGGGCCAGAAUGCGUUCCCGAGUUGCUAUAUAGUGUAAAGGCGCGUUCCCUCCUGCAAAUCCUGGAAGGUUCUUGAGUUCAAUUAGGACAGUGGCUGCGGAAUUCCUGUUCUCCGGCCUGAGGUGCCCGCUGGCCGAGCGGAGGCGCCGUGGGCGCUGCCAUGUUUGGCUGCCUGGUGGCGGGGAGGCUGGUGCAAACAGCUGCACAGCAAGUGGCAGAGGAUAAGUUUGUUUUUGACUUGCCUGAUUAUGAAAGUAUCAACCAUGUUGUGGUUUUUAUGCUGGGAACAAUCCCAUUUCCUGAGGGGAUGGGAGGAUCUGUCUACUUUUCCUAUCCUGAUUCAAAUGGGGUGCCAGUGUGGCAGCUCCUAGGAUUUGUCACGAAUGGGAAGCCAAGUGCCAUCUUCAAAAUAUCAGGUCUUAAGUCUGGAGAAGGAAGCCAACAUCCAUUUGGAGCCAUGAAUAUUGUGCGAACCCCAUCUGUUGCGCAGAUUGGAAUCUCGGUGGAAUUAUUGGACAGUCUGGCUCAGCAGACUCCUGUAGGCAGUGCUGCUGUAUCCUCUGUUGACUCAUUUACCCAGUUCACACAGAAGAUGUUGGACAACUUCUACAAUUUUGCUUCAUCAUUUGCUCUCUCUCAGGCCCAGAUGACACCAAAUCCAUCUGAAAUGUUCAUCCCAGCAAAUGUGGUUCUGAAAUGGUAUGAAAACUUUCAAAGACGACUAGCACAGAACCCUCUCUUUUGGAAAACAUAAUUUGGAUAAAAUAAUUUGCCAUGUCAUGUAAAAGCACGAAGUCAAAAGGGUCAUGAAGCCUACCUUUCAAAACUGCUUAGUGACUAUGAAACUUACUUAAAACCCUUACAAAAAUUAGAAACAUUGAACAAGGAAAAUGUUCAGUAUUAAUUACUUUUUCCCUGGUAAGAGUGAAGUACUUCUCAGAGGCAAACAUUUUGUAUUGUCUGUCAUUCGUUUCUUAAAAUAAAUCCUACUCACGGUAGUAGUAUUUGAAAUACCA